AUGCCUGACUUGCUGCUGCUGCAGCUGGGGCUGGUAGUGCUUGGGCCGCGCCGCUUUCUGUCCGCCGCGGUCCGCCGGCACCCCUCCUUCCUCCCGACGCUGCACGCGAUCGCAGACUACGUGGCGCCGCAGGGCAUGAGCCAGGGGCGACCGAGCCAGGGGCGGUACACGCUCAAGCGAGAGGCGAGGGCGGCGGGGCGGGUGACGGAGAGGAUGCUGUCUGCUGCGGUGCGGCUGCUUACGCUCGCGCUGCGGUACCCCUCCCUCCGCUCGGCCGUGCUGCACGCCACGCGGCUGCUGUGCGACGCCUCCGACGCAGCGCGGCACAGGGCGGCGGCGGCACUGCCGGGGCUGCUCGGCGACGCUCCGCCGCCCGCCCUCUCGCCGCAAAAGUCCGAGCUGCUGCAGCGGAAGCGCCAGGCCGACAGAAGCGGCAGGCGGCACCCCUCCGCCCCUUUUAGUUCGUACUCAGCGUCGGGCGAUGUGCAGCAGGCGAAGGAGAGGCAGGCGGCGAUCCUGCGCCGCUUUGCGCGCCAGCAGGCUGCCCUCGGGAUGGCUCAGCCUCCGCACCGCGUGCGAGGGCACGUGUCGGUGGGGGGCGUGCCCUACCGCGUGCGGCUCGACACGGCCCAGAUCGUCCGCGAGAAGGGAGACAAAGAAGCAGACCAGCAGGCGGCGCCUCUGGCCAGCCUCCGCUCUGCUGCCCAGUCCUGGCCCGCCGCCGCCGCCGCCUUCGGGGGCGGCUGGGAGGGCGCCCUUCGCGCCGCCCUGACGCCGCUGCUGAGGAGCGCUUCUGGAGCGUGGCAGAGCGCCCUCGUCCUCGGCACGGCGUGCGGUCUGCUGCCUCCCUCCGCCUCCACCUCCCAAGGAGAAGAGGGCGACGAGUACGCGCGGCUCGCCUCGCGGCUGCAGCUGCCUCCGCCGCUGGACCUGCUGCGCUCCGUCGCCCAUGACCUCUGCGCGAUGCUGCGUGCGGGCGUGGGAAGCGGCGGCUCCCUCCGCGCGGUGCCCGUGCUGCACUCGUUCGACGCGGGCAGCGCCGCCCUCGUCUGCGCGGCGCCCGCGUGCGGCGGAGGGCCGCUCGGCGGGUGCGGCACCUCUCCUUUCCUCGAGCUGCCCCCCUCGUACUCGCAGCUGUACAACAUGUACAUCCACCGCCGCUGCUCCGUCUGCGGCACUUGCCCGAAGCAGCCCGCCGUCUGCCUGCUCUGCGGUGCCAUCGUCUGCACAGGCGGCCAGUGCUGCCGCUCCGGCGGGGACGACGAGGUUGUGCAGCACGCGGCGAGCUGCGGGCACGGCGCGUGCGCUUUUGUGGUUGUGCGGACGACGACCACGCUGCUCGUGAUCGGGCGGCUGCUCGCGGCGCGGCGGCAGCACUGCUGGUGGGGUUCGCUCUACCUGGACGUGCACGGCGAGGAGGACCGCAAUUUGAGCCGCGGCCGCCCCCUCCUCCUUGCGCCUGGCCGGCUGCGCGAGCUGCAGCAGGUCUGGCGCUCCAACGGGUUGCGCGAGCUGCUCUACAACAACCAGCCGCCCUUCCCGCGCUUGCCACUCAUGCUGAUGCCCGCGCGCGAUUGA